UAGAUAGUAUCUUCAUAGUGCCGGUUCAUGUUUUCAUGGAAAAUUCUGUUUUCUUUAUACUAUUUCUACUUUGAUAUAUAAAUAAAAUUUUCAAAAUUUUUCCAAAAUGUCAGAUGGGGAAGAUGACUUUAUGUGCGAAGAAGAGGAAGACUAUGGACUGGAGUAUUCUGAGGAUUCAAAUUCCGAACCAGACGUAGAUUUGGAAAAUCAGUACUAUAAUAGUAAGGCAUUAAAGGAAGAUGAUCCAAAAGCAGCAUUACAAAGUUUUCAAAAGGUUUUGGAUUUGGAAGGUGGUGAUAAAGGAGAAUGGGGCUUUAAAGCGCUUAAACAAAUGAUUAAAAUCAAUUUUAAACUUUCUAAUUAUAAGGAGAUGAUGACUAGGUACAAGCAACUGCUCACCUAUAUUAAAAGUGCAGUAACGAGAAAUCAUUCAGAAAAAUCUAUAAACUCGAUUUUGGAUUAUAUCAGCACUUCCAAAAACAUGGAAUUGUUGCAAGAUUUUUAUGAAACUACUUUAGACGCUUUAAAGGACGCGAAGAACGAUAGACUGUGGUUCAAAACGAAUACAAAAUUAGGAAAAUUGUAUUUUGAUCGAUCAGACUUUAAUAAAUUAGCAAAAAUACUGAAACAACUGCAUCAAAGUUGUCAGACCGAUGAUGGCGAAGAUGACUUAAAGAAAGGGACUCAAUUAUUGGAAAUUUAUGCGCUUGAAAUUCAAAUGUACACUGCACAGAAGAACAAUAAGAAACUAAAAACGCUUUACGAACAGAGUUUGCAUAUUAAGAGUGCGAUACCUCAUCCUCUCAUUAUGGGAGUCAUUAGAGAAUGUGGCGGUAAAAUGCAUUUGAGAGAAGGAGAAUUUGAACGAGCGCACACCGAUUUUUUCGAAGCAUUUAAAAAUUACGAUGAAUCAGGUUCGCCGAGACGUACAACCUGUCUAAAAUAUCUUGUAUUAGCGAACAUGUUAAUGAAAUCGGGAAUAAAUCCAUUUGAUUCGCAGGAAGCGAAGCCCUAUAAAAAUGAUCCAGAAAUAUUGGCCAUGACAAAUCUUGUUGUUAGUUAUCAAAACAAUGAUAUUAAUCAAUUUGAAUUAAUUCUCAAACAAAAUAGAAGCAAUAUAAUGGGCGAUCCUUUUAUUCGAGAACACAUUGAAGAUUUACUGCGAAAUAUUAGGACUCAGGUACUCAUUAAAUUAAUUAAGCCUUACACUAGAAUUCACAUCCCCUUUAUCAGCAAAGAAUUAAACAUUGACGCGUCUGAAGUUGAAAGUCUACUAGUUUCCUGUAUUCUGGAUAAUACAAUUCGUGGACGUAUUGAUCAGGUUAAUCAAGUAUUGGAACUUGACAAGAAGUCAAUUUGUGCCGCACGUUAUAAUGCUUUGGAUAAAUGGACAACGCAAUUACAAUCAUUGCAUGUGGCUAUUUUAAAUAAAAUGGCGUGAAGAUGAUGGCCAGUGGUAUUAACGGAUAAUUAUUAAGUCUAGUUUGUUUGUAAGUAAACAGUUUUCUUGUAAUGAUUAUUAAAGUAAAUCCAGUUACAAUAUUUUACAUGGAAA